AUGGAAGAGCGUCGACGCUGGGUGGCCAACUUCCAAGACCUCACGCUGCGCCGCAGUGAUUUCCAGGUCAACUUUUCUCGCUCCUCCGGGCCUGGCGGUCAAAACGUCAACAAGCUCAACACCAAAGCCAACGUCCGACUCGAUCUGUCCCAAGCUGGCGGCCAUUCUCACGACUCGCUCGAUGCCGCACAUCCGCGCAAAUGGCUCAACAGAGACCUCGUCAGCCGCAUCGCCAAGAAGUCGCCCUACUAUGUCGCUUCAGACCACUCGAUGUUGGUCACAAGUAUGCGACACCGCACUCAGGAGGCAAACGUGCAGGAUGCGCUCGAGAAGAUGCACGCUCAACUGCUCGAGCUGGCACAGGAGGGAAUGGUGGGCGAGACGAGCCAGCAGCAGCGUGCUCGUGUCAAGCGAUUGCAGGAAGCAGAGGCUCGCAGGAAGAAGCAGAACAAGAUCAAGCGUGCCGACGUCAAGAGCGGACGCAAGUUCAAAGGGUGA